AGUGAGAAAUUGUAAAAUUAUGAAGUGAAUUAAAUUCUAAAUAUUUGAGUUAAAUGACUGCUGGAAAAGAGACCAUGGGUGAGCAGCCGAUAUUCACGUGCAAAGCGCACGUGUUCCACAUAGACCCGAAGACCAAGCGCUCGUGGAUGUCCGCCAGCGCCGCCGCCGUGUCUGUCAGCUUCUUCUAUGAUUCGUCCAGGAAUCUGUAUCGUAUCAUCAGCGUGGAAGGAACCAAGGCGGUGAUAAACAGCACGAUAACCGGUAACAUGACGUUCACGAAGACCUCGCAGAAGUUCGGGCAGUGGAGCGAUGUGAGGGCGAAUACGGUGUACGGACUGGGGUUCGCCAGCGAGGCCGAGCUGGGGAAGUUCAUCGAAAAGUUCCAAGAGGUGAAAGACGCGAUCGGCUCCGGGGCUUGCGCGGGGAAGACCAACGGCAACAGUGGGGCGGCCACCCCGCUGGCCAGUGCCACGGCCAGUCCACUGCUGGCUGCCAGGGCCACUGAGGAGAAUGUGCCGGCUCCUACUAUGCAGUCGCAGAUCAAACAAGAGAACGAGGAUAUGGGCGUGCACCAAAGAGCCCACUCUGUUUCAUCAUCUACUAUGCAGAGCGGCUACGCAACAGUGGGCCGCAGCCCGCGCGCGCCGCCGCCGCCGGAAACCGACAACUCGGAGCAGUUGUUGAGACACGAGAACGACCGCCUCAAGCUUGCGUUGGCGCAGAGCUCAGCGAACGCGAAGAAGUGGGAAGUCGAGCUGGCGACUCUCAAAAGCAACAACCUGCGCUUGACGGCGGCCCUUCAGGAGUCCACGGCUAAUGUGGACGAGUGGAAACGACAGUUGCACCAGUACAGGGAAGAGGUGGCUCGGGCCAGACACAUUGCUGGCAAAGGUGGAGACGCGAGCGAGGUGGAACAACUCCGGCAGCGCGUGGCCCAACUUGAAGCUGAGCUGGCUCAGAAGAAUGAAGAACUUGCUCAGAUCACCAAGUCUAAGAAGAGUGAACAGGACGCAGAAGCCAAGCUAGCCCAGAGUCAGCUAGAGCUGGCCCUCGCGGCUCACGAGGGACAGAAGCAGGUGCUCCAGGCUCUCAACGACCAGUUCGCGAGGCAGCUGCAGCACUUGUCCUCAAUCCACAAGGAGAUCAACACCGCCCUGCAAACAUGAGACGCGGCCUCGCCCUCCGUCGCGAGGCAUUUUGAGGACGCCGAGAGGACGCCCAUACAACCCCCACCUAUCUACGCGAGCAUCAACAAAGACAAGCGAAACCUGCCUCUGUUACUCAACAAACAAGUCAAGAAGAAAGGUAAUAGUAGUGGAGCUAAUGAGAGUGAUACAGAGCCAAUGUAUGUGACGGUCAAAGCGAAGAAAUGAAGGGUGCUAACGGUAUUUCGCAAGGUGCAGGAGUAUUUCUGAGGGUUACGGCGGUUUUAAGAGGGUUUUUUUGGGUUUGGGGGUUUAUGGCUGUUGGAUAAUGGAUUGUGGCACGAAAGUAAAAAUCUGUAGCUGGUUAUUUAAAAGGAUGGCUCUUGAUUUGGCUUAUCUAUUCUCGAAAUCUUGUCUAUUUUCAAAAUUUCAAUAAUUAUAAGCGUUGGCUGACGUAAAUCUGGUAAAAAAUUUAAUGCAGUCAAUUUAAUAUGGUUAUAAAUAAUUUUAGUAUGGUCGU